AUGGCCAAGCGAAAGCGUUCCGACGAUGUGGACCGGCUGAGCGAGCUGCCGGAGUGCCUCCUCCAGGACAUCAUGUCGCGCCUGAAGGCCCGCCAGCUCGUGCAGACCUGCGCGCUGUCGUCGACAUGGCGCCGCCUCUGGCUCACCGCGCCGUGCCUCGACAUCGACGCAGGGGACGAGGACGACGAUGAGGAGGAGGAUGAGGAGCUCGACAAAUUUGACGAUUUCGUCGACAGUCUCUUGCUCCGUCGCGGCGCGUGUGCCUCGCCGCUGGGCACCCUGCGGUUGAGCUUGCCCUCUUCCUGGCCCAUAUGGAUGCGCCUCCUCCACGACCGUUCCUACUGCAGGUCGCACACCAGGUGGAUUCGACGUGGCCUCCGGUGCUCCCCGGCGACCCUCGACGUCUCCGGCAUCAAGCUGCCUCCUCUGGCGUCUGGUCCUGGCACCCACCGCCUCAACAAGCUGCGCCUCCAUAACGUAUGUCUCCACAAGGAUUUUGAGAAGCACCUCAGCGCCGGGCUCCCCGUCCUACAAGACCUCGAGAUCAGAGGCACGGAGAUGUCCAAAAUCUCAAGAAUCGCGUCCGAGACGCUCAAGAACCUCAUUGUUGAUAACUCGCCCACACCCAAUGAAGGAACAAGGUUACACUUCCUCGUCGACGCCCCUCGUCUCGCCUCACUACACCUCGUCGUUCAGUUUCGCCGCCUUGGCGUUUUCGCUGUCACCGUGUGUGAGGCGGCUUCUCCUGUCGAAGCAUCCAUCCACUUCCUGGACAAGCCUAAAGUUCGGCAGGUACAUGGAAGUUGCUACUAUCAUCAAGAUGACAAAGAUUUGCUAAUAGCUUUAUGCAAACUUCUCCGAUCUCUAUCCAACGUCAGUCACUUGGAGCUGUCAGGCUUUGGAGAUAUGGCAGUAGCAGAGCAACAUAUUCCAGAUCUUCCAUCACCGGGUACUCGAUUUCCAGCGGGGUUUUAUCGAACUACGGUGCGGACAAGUGAUGAUGAUUUGCUCCCCCGUCCUAUGUUGCAGGCAAUACUUGAUGAGAAGCAAAACAAAUUACCACAACUCGCCAACCUAAAAACCUUGGUCCUUGACAAGUGUGAGAUAGGUGACAACAUUCAGACGUUGUGGUCCUUCUUGCAUAAUACGCCUACCCUUGGGAAGCUUACUCUCAACAAUUGUGGGUGCCAAGAGUUUCAAUAUGGUGCUGCUGCUUCGAACAUUUUUAAGAUGGGUUGCACAAUCUCCAGCCUUAAGUUGGUAGAAAUCAAGCACAACGCAAGAGAUGACCAUGAAGUCCAAUAUACUGCACAAAUGGAGAAGAUCCUGUCCAUGGAAAAUUAA